CGAGACCAGCCUGGGCGACAUGAGAUAAAAGCAACAGUGUUCGAUGAUUGCAAGAAAGAAGGCGAAUGGAAGAUAAUGCUUCUAGAUGAAUUUACCACUAAGCUUUUAGCAUCGUGUUGCAAAAUGACAGAUCUUCUAGAAGAAGGAAUAACUGUUGUAGAGAAUAUUUAUAAGAAUCGUGAACCUGUCAGACAAAUGAAAGCUCUUUAUUUUAUCACACCAACAUCAAAGUCUGUAGAUUGUUUCUUACGUGAUUUUGCAAGUAAGUCGGAGAACAAAUAUAAAGCAGCAUAUAUAUACUUCACUGACUUUUGCCCUGAUCAUCUCUUUAACAAAAUUAAGGCUUCUUGCUCCAAGUCAAUAAGAAGAUGUAAAGAAAUAAAUAUUUCCUUCAUCCCACAUGAGUCUCAGGUGUACACUCUUGAUGUACCAGAUGCGUUCUAUUACUGCUACAGUCCAGAUCCAGGCAAUGCACAUGGGAAAGAGGCUGUCAUGGAAGCACUGGCUGAGCAGAUAGUCACCGUGUGUGCCACGCUAGAUGAAAACCCUGGCGUGAGAUAUAAAAGUAAACCUCUAGACAAUGCCAGUAAGCUUGCACAGCUUGUUGAGAAAAAACUUGAAGACUACUACAAGAUUGAUGAAAAGAGCCUAAUAAAGGGUAAAACUCAUUCCCAGCUCUUAAUAAUUGACCGUGGCUUUGAUCCUGUGUCCACUGUCCUGCAUGAACUGACCUUUCAGGCAAUGGCAUAUGAUCUACUACCAAUUGAGAAUGAUACAUACAAGUAUAAAACAGAUGGAAAAGAAAAGGAGGCCGUCCUUGAAGAAGAAGAUGAUCUCUGGGUCAGAAUUCGACAUCGGCAUAUUGCCGUUGUGUUAGAAGAAAUUCCCAAGCUUAUGAAGGAAAUUUCAUCAACAAAGAAAGCAACAGAAGGAAAGACAUCACUCAGUGCUCUUACCCAGUUGAUGAAAAAGAUGCCCCAUUUCCGUAAACAGAUUACUAAGCAAGUUGUCCAUCUUAACUUAGCAGAAGAUUGCAUGAAUAAGUUCAAGCUUAAUAUAGAAAAACUCUGCAAAACUGAACAGGACCUGGCACUUGGAACUGAUGCCGACGGACAAAAGGUGAAAGAUUCUAUGCGAGUCCUCCUUCCAGUUCUGCUCAACAAGAGUCAUGAUAAUCAUGAUAAAAUAAGAGCAAUCCUGCUUUAUAUCUUCAGUAUUAAUGGAACUACAGAAGAAAAUUUGGACAGGUUGAUCCAGAACGUAAGGAUAGAAAAUGAGAGUGACAUGAUUCGUAACUGGAGUUACCUUGGUGUUCCCAUUGUUCCCCAAUCUCAACAAGGUAAACCAUUAAGAAAGGAUCGGUCUGCAGAAGAAACUUUUCAGCUUUCUCGAUGGACACCUUAUAUCAAAGAUAUUAUGGAGGAUGCCAUUGACAAUAGAUUAGAUUCAAAAGAAUGGCCAUAUUGUUCCCAGUGUCCAGCGGUGUGGAAUGGCUCAGGAGCUGUAAGUGCUCGCCAGAAACCCAGAGCUAAUUAUUUAGAGGAUCGAAAAAAUGGUUCAAAGCUGAUUGUUUUUGUAAUUGGAGGAAUGACAUACUCUGAAAUGCGCUGUGCUUAUGAAGUUUCUCAGGCACAUAAAUCCUGUGACGUUAUUAUUGGUUCGACACAUAUUUUAACACCCAAAAAGCUGUUGGAUGACAUAAAGAUGCUAAAUAAACCCAAGGACAAAAUCUUACUUAUUAAGGAUGAAUAAUCUUUCUUCUUGGGGGUUUUAGAAAUUCUUAUUAAUAUGCUGAACUAAAAUAGAACAAGAAAACGUUGCUAUCAUAUAAUUUAAACCAUGUAAAUAUUUUAUGGAGUAAUGACUUUUCAAAUACAUUUCUUAAGGGACUCUUGAUGAUUAUGUAUUGUUGGAUUUGCCGUUUUUGGUAAUUUAAAUAUUGUUGCUGCUUUGUAGAUAAUGAAUGUUAAAAUGCUUUCUAAAAGGACUUUUUCUCACCUUUGGAACAGAACAUAUUAAAGCUGUGGGUCGUUUUCCACAACCUUCUAUGUACAUACUAAUUACUCACUGAAUACUCACAUCUAAGUGUCUCACACCAAAGUAGAGUUUUUUGGGAAAGAAUGAUUUUAAAGAAAAAGUUGUAAAGGUAAAUCUGUAAAUGUGUGUGUAUGAUAAGAUUAUUUCCUGUGAGUGCAGUUUUUCUUUCAACUGAAAUACACAUUCUUUUAUGUAAAAUAAUUGUCAUUAAUAAAAACAGAAUGAUCUCGCAGUGUAUACUAUCAUGCUAGCUACUUCUAAAGAACACAAUUAUAUAUUAUUUCGAGAUAAUGUAUGUUUAGAAAACCAAAAAUAAUCAUAAGCAUUCUAAGAGGUAAUAAAUAUAUGGUUUCAAAACGUA